AUGUCCAGCCCGUUCCAGCAAAUCCUUACAACAACGUCUGCGACCAAUGCUAUCGCCGCAAGCUCAGCUGUUCCCGUGGAAUGCCUGCAUGCGAGAGGUGCCAACAGUCUGGCCAGCAAUGCACAUACAGUAUUACCAGGCCUAGACUCUCAGGCUAGUCCCCAGUCUGGCCAGAAAGAGGAGAUGAGACGCAAAAACGCAGAAGCCCAGAUGCAAAAUGAUUCAAACCAUUCCGAAACUACAUUAUUUCAGUCAGAUCUAGAUACAGCACUGCAGUCUCUAGGCUAUGGGUCACAAACCAACCAGGCGUACCAGAACCACCCAAGUCGUUCUAGAGAAGACAUCACGAACAGUCGAGCAGAGCGCCACAGCCAGACUUCGACGCAGCCAAAAAAUGUUCAUGCUGUCUCGGAGCCAAUGGCUACGACUAGUCUUGACUGUGGCGUAUUGCCAUUGCCGUCGUCCGCGUUAGACGAAGAGUUCUUAAAUCUCGAUUUUCCCAACCAGGAGCGCAUUUACAUCGAUCUAGAACCUCAGCACUCCAACUCAACUAGCAGUAGCAGUGAUGAAAAGUGCCAUUGCCUUUCGCACAUCAUCCAAUCCUUAAACAGAAACCGACAGGGAAACCAUAUCAGGCGCGAUUCGAUGAACAAAAUUCACUUACUCAAUGAAGCUGCUGAGCAAUUCCUUAUGUGCGAUAGUAACCACAGCAAGCUAUGGUACAUCAUCCUGCUGGCUCUCUAUCAAGAUGCAGACGAUAGCCUUAGCUCAGCAGAAGAGCCGCAGGAGAGAAUGGGUGCACAUUCUGGAGCAAAGGGGUUCUGUGGUAACAUAAAAUCAAACUUGGAUACUAUGGUAUGUCACGCUUCCCUUGCUUGGAUACUGAAUGGAUGA